CACAGGCUAAGUAUGUGUCUGGCUUUCAAGGUGCGCUUGGCCAGGCAAGAAUCUGCAUAAUGCAGGUGUCUAUCUUUUUCAUUCACUCCCUUUGGUUGAGGGUCGGAUAUUAAUCACUGUCAGCACUUAGGAACUUGCUCUAAACCAUGGAUCAUGAUUACGGACCCAUUGACCAUACUCAUCUAGCUGAAUGUGUCAAGGAGAUAAGCCCUUAGGUCCGUUGCGCAGUACACAGGAUAUAUACAGUAAAUACAAGCAUCUGUCUGCAGCUCUUCUAAAGAAUAAUCAGGGGAUCUGCCAGACCACAAAAUGGGAGAAAGACGUCCUACCUGGUUAAUCACAGGCGCCUCGUCCGGCAUCGGCCGAGCCCUCGCCCUGGAAGCGUUGAAUGCCGGGUUCAAGGUCAUCGGCACAACCCGCAGCAUCAGCCAAGCCGAAGCCAAUUGUCCUCGACUCGAAUCUCGAGGAGGGACAUGGGUGGAAUUAGACCCUGCGCAGCCGGAUGCCUACCACCAAGUCGUCAAAGUCUCCCAAGAGCAGAGCAUCGAUGUGCUAGUCAACAACGCAGGAUACGCUUUCAUUGGCAGCGUGGAAGAUGCUAGCGAGGAGGAAUUCCGCGCCCAGAUGGAAGUCAACUUCUACGGGCCCCUGCGCACCGUGCGAGCCUGCCUGCCUGCGAUGCGCGCGGGGGGGUCCGGCCAAAUCAUCCUCAUUAGCAGUGGUGCUGGGUUCAUCGCUCGUCCUGCACGGGGUAUCUACUCCGCCAGUAAAUUUGCCAUCGAGGCUGUCCAUGAGUCUCUGGCCCAGGAGGUCGGAUCUUUCGGGAUCAGGGUUCUGAUUGUAGAGCCCGGUGCAUUUCGGACGCCGUUUGCGAGUCGAAUCAUCACGCCUGCGCGGUUCAGUGAGGGGUUCAGUCAAGAUUACGAAGGGACGGUGGUGGAACAGAUGAUCAACGGUAGUCAGAUCAUGAAGUCUCUUCCUAUAUCUGUCAAGGGUGAUCCGGACAAGGCUGCAGGGGCUAUUAUCCAGGCUGUCACCAGUGACCGUCAUUAUCUUCGUCUACCCCUGGGGACAGAUUGCGUCGCGGCGUUGGAGUCGAAAAUUGGAAACCUACAGCAUGAUCUGGAGGCGACGAGGGCUAAUGCUGUAAGCACGGAUGUUGAUUGAUAGGUAUCGAAUCCAUAAUGGAGCAAGUAUGAC